CCCCUCCUGCCUCUCCGCCCAGAUCUUCGGCUUCCAAAAAAGAUAUAAAGAGGUGACGUUGUUAGUUUGAGCGGUCGGAUAUAUAAGAGAGAAAGAAAGAUGGCGGAUCCGAUCCGACGGACGGACGAGUACGGCAACCCGAUCCCGGAGCACCAAGGUCACGGUGGUGCGGUCACCGGCGGGACUUACGGCACCACCACCACUCCGCAUGAAGGGGUACUGCAUGGAGAAGGUGGCAGGCAGCAGCAGGUGCACCCAGGGAAGGAGGAGCACCCCGGUGGACGCCACCACCGCUCCGGCAGCUCCAGCUCCAGCAGCUCGUCGGAGGAUGACGGGCAGGGCGGGCGGAGGAAGAAGGGACUGAAGGAGAAGAUAAAGGAGAAGCUUCCGGGCGGCGGGCACAAGAGUGAGGAGCACGGCCAGACUGAUGAAGGCCAGCAUGAGAAGAAGGGGAUGAUGGAAAAGAUCAAGGAGAAGCUACCAGGCCACCAUUGAGAGGGUCCACCGCGUCGAUGAACCUUCGCUAGCUAGCUCUUGUACGAGAAUAAAGAAGUCACGUGCCAGUGCAUGUGAUAUUCAGUGUUUGUUCUGGUUGUGUAAACUGUAAUGGUGUUCGCGUGGUAUAAGUUGUGACGGUAUUAUAUGCAUACCGUAUAUGCUUGAUAGAUUAGUAAAUAAAAUACUUGCUUAUGUAUUAUCGUAAAAUUAAUGAAGCUGUCUCUAGGCUGCAUUUGUACGCCGGAUGUAGAUCCAAU